CGCGCUUGCAGAGAAAAUUGUCAUUUUGUCCUGAUGUCGGACUUUAAUUUGUUGCCACCAGAAGUGGAUGUUUUCGUUUUGGGAACUGGUCUGCCAGAGUCGAUUAUUGCAGCAGCAUGUUCCAAAGCUGGACUUACAGUCCUUCAUGUUGAUAGGAAUGGCUAUUACGGGGGGAUUUAUUCCUCGUUCCAUUUUGAUGGAUUGAAUGAAUGGAUGGAGACGCAAGAAUCGACAAAAGAAUUUGAUCAAUCAACGAUCGAUUCAACAUUAUUAAAUGAAAACGAACAAAUUUUGCUCUCAAGAGGUCCAAUGGUCGAUCUUCUAUGUCAAUCCGAAGUUGCAAAAUAUUGUGAAUUUAAGUGUAUUGAUCGACUUUUGCACUGUGUUGAUGGACAAACUAUGGACAGUGGAAAUCCAGUUAUGAAUUUUCAAAUCGUUCCAUGUUCAAGGGCUGAUAUUUUUCAAAGCGAAGUUUUAUCUGUAAUGGAAAAGAGGCGAAUUAUGAAGUUUUUUAAUUCUUGUAUGGAAUGGCAAGAAAAUGAUAAAGAAAUUCGUGAUUGUAUGGAUCAACCAUUUGAUGUUUUUCUGGAAUCACAUGGAGUGUCGGGGAAUUUAAAAACUAUGACCGCGGAUGCUAUUGGGAUCCUUCAAACGGAUAGCACAACUAAAGAGGGUCUUGAUGCUGUUUUUCGCUUUAUGCAAUCUGUCGGACGCUAUGGUAAUUCUCCAUUUUUGUGGACAAUGUUUGGUAGUGGAGAUUUGGCGCAAUGUUUCAGUCGCAAAUGUGCCGUUUUUGGUGGUACCUAUUGUUUGAAACGAAAAGUAGAAGGAUUCGUCAUCUCUAAUGAAAAAGUAGUCGCAGUAAUUUCCGAGAAUCAGAGAAUAAAUUGUAAAUAUUUAAUCAUCGAUCCAACCUACUUGCCGGAGCAAUUUCUUAAAAAACCCGAGGAGAACAAUGCUAUUCAAAGAGCUAUAAUAAUUUCAGACAAAUCAGUUUUGCCUCAAGAUCAAGAACAUGUACUAUUAUUAUUACUAUAA